AUUUCUUUUCUCUAACUGAAACAGAAAAAAUUGGGAAUUGGGAGGUUUUACGCACAGCGCCAGAGCUUCUGGUGACUUGCGUUACAUAGUUUUUUGAGAACAUCUCCAUCGCUGUUUUGUGGAGGACUUGUUAUCAAGAGAAUGUGGGGGAUACAAAGGACGCGGUACGCGGACUGUAACGGCUCUGAAGCCAGCGAGGAGACCGAGAUUGCUGUUAACAUCGGCGGAGUGAAACAGGUGUUGUAUGGAGACGUGUUGAAUCGCUUCCCGGACACCCGGUUGGCAGAAUUGGUGAGCUGUUCACUAAAGUCUUCGGAAGAAAUAUGUUCACUGUGUGAUGACUACGAUCCUGACACAGGAGAAUUUUAUUUUGACAGAGAUCCAGAGGCAUUUAAGUGCAUAAUUGAGCUGUAUCAUUAUGGAGAGAUACACAUGAAACGAGGCAUCUGCCCAAUCUGUUUUAUGAAGGAGAUGGAAUUCUGGAAAAUUGGCUCUGAUUUUCUGGACGACUGCUGUAAAAGCAACUUGAAUGAGGUAGAGGAUGAACUCGCGGAGAUUGCCGAGAAAGUGAAAACUAUCCUGGUGGACCGUGAGGGAGAUCCGUCUGCAAGAGGCUGGCAGCGCUUCCAGAUGUACCUCUGGAGGCUGAUGGAGAAGCCGGAGUCCUCGCUGCCUGCGCACAUAAUCGCUAUAGUUUCUUUUAUCUUCAUCCUCAUCUCCUCCGUGGUGAUGUGUGUCGGGACCAUCCCUGAUCUGCAAGUGGAGGACUCAGAGGGAAACCUCAUGGAGCACCCGACUUUGGAGGUCAUCGAGACAGUGUGCAUCGGCUGGUUCACUAUUGAAUACGUCCUGCGUCUGAUCUCCUCCCCAAAUAAAAUAAAAUUCGUUCUUGCCUUCAUGAACAUAAUCGACUUCAUGGCGAUUAUGCCCUUCUUCGUGGUGCUGAUUCUGACUUCCUUAGGCGCAGGAGUGAUGGAGCUGGCUAACGUGCAGCAGGCGGUGCAGGCUUUACGCAUAAUGCGCAUUGCGCGCAUCUUCAAGCUGGCACGCCAUUCCUCUGGACUCCAGACCCUCACAUCUGCCCUGAAGAGCAGUUUCAAGGAGCUUGGACUGCUUCUCAUGUACAUGGGCGUUGGGGUCUUUCUUUUCUCCGCACUGGGCUACACCAUGGAGCAGAACCACCCGGACACUUUGUUCACAAGUAUCCCACAGUCGUUCUGGUGGGCUGUGAUCACCAUGACCACAGUUGGGUAUGGAGAUGUCUACCCCAAGACCACUUUAGGUCGGUGUAACGCGGCCAUCAGCUUUCUGUGUGGGGUGAUCGCCAUAGCUUUGCCUAUACACCCCAUCAUCAACAAUUUUGUCUUGUUCUACAACAAGCAACAGGUGCUGGAGACUGCGGCCAAGCAUGAGAUUGAACUGAUGGCGCUGCGCUCCGGCGAUAGCGAUGGAGAGCUGAAGGCUGCACCCGGCCCUCAUAAACAUGUUUGCGGUGCGGGGGUCUGGGACAACGCCAUGCGCUCCUGUCACAGUGACACAUACAUCCCCUUACUGAAGGAUCCCAGGGGAGGAGCAGGGAUCCAGACCCCUAGCAUGGACACAAGCUUUGAGAGCACAGCCGAGGCCACUGAAUAUUACAUCUCAUAAACACUGAAGACCCUGCAUCAACAAAAAAGGUCCUACAGAAAAAAAUGAACAACAAUACACUAAACUGAAUCAUUAUUUUUUGACUCAUUCAAACUUAACCCGCACAUUUCAGCGUGUAAUAGUAACAUAAUGAUUGCUGCAGACCGGAUUGUAAAAAGCAUUGUAGAAAUAAUAGGACUGCAGUAAUGGUCCCCAAUGACCUUCAGUGCAUUUUGAGGAAUUGCUCCUAUUAAAGGGACAUAUGUGAGCGAUAUUGACUUGAUGAGCUGUGCCUUUGCGCAGUGACUCCCUGUAGGCCAAGGGGCUCUGUUUGAGCAGCCAGUACUCUGAUUCCCCUACGUAGGUUUGUUAUAUAACACUCCCCAUCCCCAAUCCUCACACUCAUACUGUAGACUGCACUGUAGCUUCUUUCUCUGUAUAUAUCACAAUAAAUGUUUUUUCUAAUAAUAAA